UUCACUUCGUAGAUUAACCAACCAUGUGGCAAAUAUUUCUCCUGGCAGCUGUGAUAGCAGCCGAGGAACACCCUACUCCAGCCAGCCUGCUGGGUCCCAGGCAUUUCAAUUACCAUCCACAUCAAUAUUUGAAGGAGGUUGAACCUACUAAACAAGGGCCAGUACUGUUCCCUAAUGAUGCGCCGCCCCCUCCUCGUCCGCCCCUCAUCGUGACGUCACGACCACUUAUAGAAUCAAUAGCUCGCAGCGAAUUAAAUCCUAAUCCCCCGCAAAUAAACAACAGUAUCGCUUCUUCGUCGCAAAUCAAUAGAGUCUCAUUCAAGCCGACUUAUUUAGAUUACUUGAAGCAAAAUUUUUUACAACCCGAACCGAAUAUCUUGGUGGAUCAACCAAAGCCAAACUUUUUGGCCCGAAUUAAAGAUUAUAAACCCUUCGUUGGACCUGGGGUUCUGAAUUUUGGACCUUAUGCCGAUGGGAAAAAGCCACUGAGUGCUGUGAGAAAUAAUGGAUACAGUGAUUACGAGGUACAAAGUCCUCUUCCGCCGGUCUACAAGGCAUUCACUAACCACGUCAAGCAGAAGGUAUCGAAAAUCAAACAAAAAACUGGGAAAAAUCUAAAUUACCAUGUGAAAGACCGAAGACACGAUCACGGCACCGAUUACGACGAUGACGGUUCAAACUACGCUUUCUCAUACAGAGUGAAAGACCGUGACACUGGAGAUGACUUUUCACAUUCACAGCAGAGCAGCGGAUCAGCUACCAACGGAGAGUAUCGUGUUCGACUCCCGGAUGGACGUAUGCAAAUCGUCAGCUACACCGCUGACGAAAAUGGAUACAAAGCUGACGUUAGAUACGACGACGAGGAGGACAAAACUCAAGAAAAUAGAAUUGAUAACUACGAUUACCACUUGAAACAAAAGGGUGACCAAAACAAAUAUCAUUACGACCAAAAUAAACAUCAUUACGACGUAAACGAACAACAUUAUGACACAAAUAUUAAUAAUUACAACCAAAAUAAUCUUAAUUAUGACCCAAAUGUAAAUAAUUAUGACCACAUUCAUGAUUAUGGACAAUAUGGUCAAAAUGUACACGAUUAUAGUGAUGUCAAUCACGAUUAUAUACAGAAUAGGAAUUAUAAGCCUGUAGAAGAAAAUUACAAAACUAAAGAAGAUUUCGAUCAAUAUUCCGAUUUAUCGAAGGAAAUAACUGAUUAUUCUGCAGAAUACGAUGGAAAACACGACAACUACGAGCCACAUAAAAGCAAAUUUGGUUCUUUAGUUAGCACUCAAAGCACUAUUGGCACUAUAGUCGUGCCUAGUUCAAACCCUAAGGGAUUCCCGUCGUCUACAGUCAAACCAUCUUAUGCAGAACUAAAACCUUUAUUCGUAACUAAAAAAUCACGAAACUAUGUAUCUUCGUCGACUGUAAGACCAUCUUAUCAAGAGCUUAACCCCUUAUUUGUAACCAAAAAGUUAUACAAUGUUGAACCGAGUUACAACCCCGUUGAAAUAAACGUACCAUCAACCACUCCUAAUACAAACUUUGAAGGUACUACAGAACAUGUAGUGGUCAUAGGUGCGAAGCCUUUGUACACGAAUAUUAAAGACAUAGCAGGAGUUACAAUGACUCCAUCAACAUUUUCACCGCCAUUAAACUUCGUAACGCCAAGAAGUUAUUUAGUUUCAACCAUUGACAGUUUGAAGAAAGGAGAAAAACCAAUUUUGAGUGAUAGUUUUAUAAAUAGAAUUAAUAAGUAUUUAAGUUUUAAUUGAAUUGUAUGCUAUUGGCCUCUCUUUCUUUUUAAUUUAAGGACUAGGAUCUUGUGAAUAUUGUAGCCGCCAUUCAGUGUUCUGCAAAGCGUUUUCUUCCAUCUGCUUUUAUUUCCCUCAACGGGAUACCAAUAUUAAUAUUUUUUUUAUAGAUAAAAUCACUUGAAUUCGUCUUGUUUUGAAGAAAAUAAUGAUAAAAUAAAACUUGGUUUUCGCGUCUAAAUGUCAAAAUAGUAUAACUUUGUCCUGCAAAAAGUUGCUGUUAAGGUAAUUAACAACCUAAGCGUGUCUCUGAAGUAUAAUUUUAAAGGAAUUAACAGUCCGGCGUCACAGUACUUUGCUGAAAAUGUAAUUUAUGCUUAGAAGUACUGAAGUAGUGAUGUUGCGGUAAAUGUAAUUAACAGGUAUCGGAAUAGGUAGAGUUU